CUUCAUUCUCUCCCUGGCAGGCAGUCAGCUCCUCGGGCUGUGCAUGUUAACACCCUGCAGCCCAUAAAGUACUCACUCCGAGCUCUUGCUGCUGCUGCCAGUCGCAGGGGUGCCGUGCUGGUUGCCCUGGCCCAAAACCUGAAGCCCUAAGGACCUGACGGCCCUCAUCAGAAUUGCCUCCAUCGCUUCAACCGAGAGCUUCUCCAGGACGAUCACCCGGCAUCGGCUCAGGAGAGCGGCGUUGACUUGGAAGGAAGGGUUUUCUGUGGUUGCUCCUAUCAGGGUCACCGUCCCACACUCGACGUGAGGAAGGAAAGUGUCCUGAGCAUGGGAGGGAAGCAGAAAAAGCUGAUCUCGAUCAAUGACAACCUGAAACUUCCCAUCAAAGAAAGAGGAGAAAUCAGAAGUUACGAGUGUUCACUGGUUUAUGAGUCUAAGGUGGAGAGGAGAACAGACAGUAAAUUAACUGGACAUAGUAUGAAGCUACUUAAGAUUAACAGGCUGGAAGAGAUAAAUACACGAUUCAGCGCAAGCAGACUAGAAAAAGCAGCCUUUUUUCAGAGUGUGGAAAAAAUGAAGAUGACUAGAAGCUUUCAGGAAGAAAAAUUCAGUGAAUCAGAUCCUGGAACAGAAGAUAAAAAGGUCAUCAAAGAAAGGUCACAUUUGAAUGAAACAGAAACAAAAGAAAAGAAACCACCAGAUUCAACAGAUGGGCGCAUCCGGCAGAGUGAGUCCUGUUCUCGGGAAGAGGAAGUUGAUAAGCUCAACAAGGAAAAUGCCAAGAGGGAAAGUUCCAUUCUGCUUGAAGUGGAUCCUCCCAAAUUUGAUACUGAAGAGUCAGAGCAGAAAGGAGAAAGUUUGUCUUUAGGAAGCCAUUAUGAAUAUAGGAGACGCUCUUUUCAGGAAUCCUUCACUCCAGAAAAGCAGCAGGAAGAAGAUGCUGUUGAUGAUGCUUGUCAAAAACUAACUGUGCAGGAGACAGAGAGUGAGUCCCCAGCAGAUGAGAAGAAGAAGGAAAAAGUGCCUGAAGGUGCAUUUGAGGAACAGCAAGAGGAGAAAGAGAAUAAAGGGGAAGGAAAUGCUGAUAAGAGUAAAAAAGGUGCUGAGGAACCACCAGCUCCUUCCCAAAAGGAAAAUGUGGCAGAACAAAGUCAUGAUGAUGAGGUAUCAGAGGGAAGGUGUAAAAGCUGCGAAAAAGAUGAUAUUCCUACUCCAUCAGCACCAUUUGAUCACCGGAUUGUCUCAGCCAAAAGGGUGGGGAUCAGCAAUUAUUAUAAUGUCAACGAGGAUGAAAUUCUGGGAGGAGGGCGAUUUGGACAAGUGCACAAAUGUGAAGAGAAAGCAACAGGUCUCAAGUUGGCAGCCAAAAUUAUAAAAGCACAAGGUCCAAAACAGAAGGAUGAAGUAAAAAAUGAAAUCAAUGUCAUGAACCAGCUGAAUCAUGUGAACCUCAUCCAGUUAUAUGAUGCCUUUGAAUCUAAAAAUGAUAUUGUACUUGUCAUGGAAUAUGUGGAAGGAGGAGAGUUAUUUGACCGAAUUAUUGAUGAAAACUACAAUUUGACAGAGAUGGAUACUAUCUCAUUCAUAAAACAGAUCUGCAAUGGAAUUCAGUACAUGCACCAAAUGUACAUUCUUCAUUUGGAUCUCAAGCCUGAGAAUAUCCUGUGUGUGAACCGAGAGGCAAAUCAAAUAAAAAUUAUUGAUUUUGGAUUGGCAAGAAGGUAUAAACCCAGGGAAAAACUUCGAGUUAACUUUGGGACUCCAGAAUUUCUUGCUCCUGAAAUUGUGAAUUAUGAGUUUGUCUCUUUUCCUACAGACAUGUGGAGUUUAGGAGUCAUUGCUUAUAUGCUCCUCACUGGAUUGUCUCCUUUUUUGGGUGAUGAUGACAAUGAGACCCUCAACAAUAUCCUGGCCUGUAACUGGGAUUUUGAAGAUGAGGAAUUUCGAGACGUUUCUGAUGAGGCCAAAGAUUUCAUAUCAAAGCUUCUCAUCAAGGAAAAAUGCUGGAGAUUAAGUGCAACUGCUGCCUUAAAACACCCAUGGUUAACAGACCACAAGCUCCACUACAGACUCCAGAAAAAGGCUAAAGGUGACUGUGUGUCUCAAGCACCCCUGGCUCAAUAACCUCUCUGAAAGAGCUGCCAAACAGAAGAAAAGCUGCUGUGUGGUUACUGCUGCUAAGAGAUUUGAAAAUAUCAGCAGUCUCGGUGCUUUACCCCCCUGCCAUGACUGAGACUUCUACUAAAUGGACCAACAACACCUUAGUUGCAGGACAAGUCCCAGCACUGUGGAGCUGCUUCUUCUCUGUUCAGCUGUUGAAAGAAGGAAAGUAUUCCUCCAGGUUGUAGGAGCAUAUUUCUUCUGGAGCAGCAUGUUCUCCAUGCCUGCAAGUGCUACAUUAGCUUGGUUUCAUAAUGAACUUUUCUCUACCUAGUCUUAUAUCCUCAUUUACUUAUCAAAGGCUCUUUAAGUUAUCGUGUAAGAUUAACUGUUUCUCAUCUCAGCCCAGAAGGCAAUCGGUUACUAUGUUGUAUCUUUGGCCAAGGUUCAUUUGACACUGGAGUCAAAUAACUUAAAAAGAAAAAAAAAAAAAAGCAACAAAUUUAAAGCUGCCUUAUGUAGAAGAUUUGAAGUUUGUUUUCCCUGUCACACUAAAAUGAGUUAAGGAUUAGCUCAACCAGAGUUAAAGCCAUGUUAAUGUAACACCAGUGAAAGGGAGAAAUGAGGCUUUCCUUGCAUGUAGGUGAAUUUGCUGCAACUGUGAUAUGGUACAUUUCAGGAAUUUUUAGCCUGAUGAAUUACUGCUUGCUGUAAAUACACUUGGGUUAAUUAAACAAGAAAGAGAACAAGGCGCUAUUCACUUGUACCCAUGCAGACCCUGUUCUUCAAAACGCAAGUAUAAUUCAAAGUUAUUUUAACCGAGGGUGAUUUUAUAUCAGCUAAUCUGUUUAAUGCUAAUUUAAUUGAUUAGGACCACUGCAAAGAGGUGAGUCAGUGCUUUGCUCAUUAUAACCUCUGUCUACUGGCUCAAAAAAAAUCUCCUCUGUAUUUCUAAAUUUUCUUAUCUUGCUCCCAAGCCUCUCUGAUUCUUAACUGGGUAGAAAAACGGAAGUCAGAACAGCUGAAUUCUUUACUUGAGAUUGUUUGAGUAUGGCUUAUCAUUAAGUGAAUCUGAGCCUAAAUUGCCAAGGCUCUGAAGUUAAAAUAAGAGACUUAUUCCCUGCUGUAUAUGGCUUUCUUACUGCUUGGUUUCAGAACUACAUAAAUGCAAAUUGUAAUGAGUAUUUUAUUUAAUCAUGCUGUUGGGGUGUCUUUACACUGUCUUUGCUUUAUCCAGUUAUGAUCAAACCACAUAUUAACAUUGCUAUCUCUAUAUAUUUAUCUAUGCAUUGCAUAAGUUUAUAUAUUUAAGUUCUGUCUUUUUAAAAAAGGGAUCAACAUAAAGACAAAACAGUAUUAUUCAUCACCACGCAAUGAAUUGCUUCUCACACCUUUGUCCUUUCUGGAUAGCAUUCAUUUUGAAAUAAAAAGGGGCCCAUUAAUGGGACAUCAUGGCCAUCA